AUGGAUAAGUCCAGGAAGAUCUUCAUCUGUGCCCUCCUGUUCAUCGUGGCUGUGGAAAUCUGCUUGGCUCAACACUGGUCUUACGGCCUGCAACCAGGAGGGAAAAGGAGCACCGAAAACCUGGCAGAAUCAUUUCAAGAGACUGCAAAUGAAAUGGAGAAAUUAGGGGAAGCACAGAAGAGCAAAUGCCCAGGUUCAUAUCAGCAUUCCAGGUUCAGUGAUCUGAAGGAAGCCAUGGUAAGUAACAUGCUUUUUUCUUUUAUCACUAUGGGAAAAUUAGGGGACCGGUCUAGGCUGGGAAAGUACAUGGAGGGAAGAGAAAAAAGGUGGUGGUGGAGGAAGAGGCAUUGAGUUCACACAUGGCAAUACUGGCUCUGCCCUUAUUAUCUGCAUCAUUCUCUAGUAUCUCAGAGUCACAGUCCUAGCUCAGGACUACAUUAUUCUUGAUGCUCCCAUUGUAGCAAUGUCAUUACUCACUAAAUUAAAAACAAAAUAAAGUCAAACACAUUCUACCUUAACACAAAUCUAUGCAGCAUUCACAGACGCUUAACUUCAAAGGUGCACUUUGCCAGCUGAAGGAUCAAGCCAUAUGGAAGCUGCUGCUCCCAAGGUCCCUAGACUGGGAAAUCUAUUUUCCAUUAGAUGCUCUAAUGCAAUGACAGCAGACACUUCACAUACAAACUAACUGCCAUAGGAAGAAUGCUCUCAAGCAAAAACAUGCUCUUUAACAUAGCGACACCUUGAUUGGGCCAGAUGGUCACCACUUUCUGGAA